GCUCGUGCUUGCCCUGCCUGGUGGACGUGGUCCCGGUCAAGAAUGAGGAGGGGGCGGUUACCAUGUUCAUCAUGAACUUUGAGGAGCAGGGGGGCACCUCCCAGAAGAUGGGCCAAGAGAGGAGUCAUCGCUUGCCCCUGGACUGCUGCACUUCCAGUCGAGGGAAGGUGUUCAGGCUGAAGCUGCCCUCGCUGCGGACGAUGACGCUGAGUCAGCAGUCGCUGGCCAAGGAGGGCUUUGACCUGGUGCCCGACGACCAGCAGCAGUCGGAGAGGGACUCGCUGGCAAUGCAGGAGCUGUACGACACCCGCACCGACAACUGCGUGCAGCCCACCGCGGGCGAGUGGGAAUCUCUGGCGGAUCUCAUCGACAGGUCGGCGGCCAGCGGACCUUGGGGCGACCCCUCCCCAGGGCAGGAGCUCAGCCCGGAGCCGGACCUCCGAUGCCCCAACACCAACCUGAUCCAGAUCCAGCCCGGAGACAGCUGCCCCGGCAUCCGCCGAGCCUCCUCCGUCGACAACAUCGAGCUGAUGAGGAACAAGUUUGAGAAGAAAUUGAAGGAGAAAAAACAAACUUCAGGGGGGUCGAAGAGCUUCAAACCGAACCUGCUGAACUCCACGUCAGACUCGGACCUGAUGAAGUAUCGAGCCAUCAGCAGAAUCCCACAGAUCACCCUCAACUUUGUGGAUUUUAACCCGGAUAUCAUAUUGACGCCUUCGCCCACGGAGAUCGAGAUCAUAGCGCCGAGCAAAGUGAAGGAGAGGACCCAGAACGUCACGGAGAAAGUCACACAGGUCCUGUCGUUAGGAGCGGACGUGCUGCCUGAGUACAAGUUGCAGGCCCCUCGCAUCCACAAGUGGACCAUCCUUCACUACAGCCCCUUCAAGGCGAUGUGGGACUGGCUGAUCCUGCUGCUGGUGAUAUACACCGCCAUCUUCACCCCCUACUCAGCCGCCUUCCUCCUCAACGACCAGGAGGAGGAGAAGCGCUGGGUGUGCGGCUACUCCUGCAACCCCCUGGCCAUCGUGGACCUGAUCGUCGACAUCAUGUUCAUCAUCGACAUCAUCAUCAACUUCCGCACCACCUACGUCAACGAGAACGAUGAGGUGGUGAGUCACGCGGCCAAGAUCGCCAUCCACUACUUCAAGGGCUGGUUCCUCAUCGAUAUUGUGGCCGCCAUCCCCUUUGACCUGCUCAUCUUCAGGUCUGGCUCUGACGAGGUAAAGGGACCUAUCUGGGCAAGUUUUGUUCCACAGAGGGUGGUGGGUGCCAGCCGAACAUGAUCCCAAGUUAAACUUAUCUCCUCUGCCUGCAUGUGA